UCACACCGAUCCAUCAAAACAAUCCAGUCCAGCAUGUCCAAAAUAUUCACACCCACAAAUCAAAUACGCCUUACGAAUGUGGCCAUUGUGAGGCUGAAAAAGGCUGGGAAGCGCUUUGAGAUAGCCUGCUACAAAAACAAGGUUUUGUCUUGGCGCAACAACAGCGAAAAGGACAUCGAUGAGGUCCUGCAAACACACACAAUCUUCACCAAUGUGUCGAAGGGACAGACAGCUAAGAAGGAAGAACUGCAAAAAGCAUUCGGCGCCAAAGAUGAUACGGAAAUUUGCAAGGAAAUUCUCAGUAAAGGCGAAUUGCAAGUCUCAGAGAAGGAGCGCCAAAGUGUGCUGGACUCACAGCUUAACAGCAUUGUCAACAGUGUGGCUGCACUUUGCGUAAAUCCCGAAACUCGCCGUCCUUAUCCAGCCACCAUUAUAGAGAAGUCUCUGAAAGACGCACACUUCAAUGUCAAGAUGAACAAGAACACCAAGCAAAACACAUUGGAGGCCAUCAAAAUCCUACGCGAUCAUAUGCCCAUUGAACGCUCCCGAAUGAAACUGCGCGUAAGUUUUGCGGGCAAGGAAGGUGGCGGCAAGUUGAAGGAAUCCGUUGUCAAGCUGGCCAAUGCUGUGGAGCAUGAAGAAUGGGACGAAUCAACGCUGCAUUUGACUUUGCUAAUCGAUCCCGGACAAUAUCGGGUUAUAGACGAGCUGGUGCGGAACGAAACUAAGGGUAAAGGCCUAUUGGAACUGCUGGAACUCAAAGAAGUUGUGGAGAGCGAUGAACUUUUCUAGGUGCUAUAUAAAAAUCACUUGUAUAAAAUAUAUAGUUGGUUAUUUAUGUUAACGACAUUUUGAAUGCAUAAAGAUUAAACGG